CUUUCCAACCAGUACCAUCCUGCCACCUGGUGCCUUGGCACCCGCACUUCAGCCUGAUGUCUCUACCCAGCCUGGCCUGAUGACCCAGUGCCCGCUGUCAUACCUGGUGACCCGAUGCCCGCUGUCGAGCCAGACGAUCCAAUGCCUGAUGACCCAGUGCCCGCUGUCAUGCCUGGUGACCCGAUGCCCGCUGUGGAGCCAGACGAUCCAGUACCUGAUGACCCGGUGCCCGCUGUCAUACCUGGUGACCCGAUGCCCGCUGUCGAGCCAGACGAUCUGGUACCUGAUGACCCGGUGCCCGCUGUCAUGCCUGGUGACCCGAAGCCCGCUGUCGAGCCAGACGAUC